GUGGUGGGGGGAGGGGGGGCUCGGCCUUACAAGGGGGCUCCAAAGGCACCUCCUCCCAACAAUGUGACAACCAGGAGCCAAACUUCAGAGUCCGAAUCUGCCCGCUCUCAGCCUGGGUUUCUCCAGGCUGUGCUUUAGCUUCGCGCACGGUGUGCCCUCCUCACCCUAAGCCUCUCCCCGCUCCCCUCUGUCUCCCACGCCAGGUCCUGACAUGGAGCUUCGCUCGGAGCUGCCCAGCGUGCCCGGCGCCGCGACGGCAGCGACCACGGCGACUGGGCCGCCCGUGGCGUCCGUGGCAUCGGUGGCGGCGGCGGCGGCGGCGGCGGCGUCGCUGCCGGUGAGCGUGGCGGGCGGGCUGCUGCGGGCGCCCCCGCUGCUGCUGCGCGCGGCGGAGAAGUACCCGCGGACGCCCAAGUGCGCGCGCUGCCGCAACCACGGCGUGGUGUCCGCGCUCAAGGGCCACAAGCGCUACUGCCGCUGGAAGGACUGCCUGUGCGCCAAGUGCACGCUCAUCGCCGAGCGCCAGCGCGUCAUGGCGGCGCAGGUGGCGCUGCGCAGGCAGCAGGCGCAGGAGGAGAACGAGGCGCGCGAGCUGCAGCUGCUGUACGGCACGGCCGAGGGCCUGGCGCUGGCCGCGGCCAACGGCAUCCUCCCGCCGCGGCCCGCCUACGAGGUCUUCGGCUCGGUGUGCGCCGCCGACGGCGGGGGCCCGGGGGCCGGGGCGCCCGCGGGGACCGGCGGAGGCGCGGCGGGCGCCGGGAGCUCAGAGGCCAAGUUACAGAAGUUUGACCUGUUCCCCAAGGCGCUGCUUCAGGCAGGCCGGCCAGGCAGCCCGCCCCCGCCGCCUGGGAAGCCCUUAUCACCCGACGACGGCGCGGACUCCGGUCCGGGGACCUCAUCCCCGGAGGUGCGGCCAGGCUCGGGCUCCGAGAACGGCGACGGCGAGUCCUUUUCGGGGUCGCCCCUGACCCGGGCCUCCAAGGAGGCAGGUGGCAGCUGCCCAGGCAGCGCCGGCCCCGGAGGCGGCGGCGAGGAGGACAGCCCAGGCUCCACCAGCCCUCUGGGCUCUGAAUCCGGCUCGGAGGCUGACCGAGAAGAGGCAGAGGCCCCUCCGGCCCCGGGGCUGGGCGGGGGCCCGAGCCCGAGGCAGCGGACGCCGCUGGACAUUCUGACGCGCGUCUUCCCGGGCCACCGACGCGGCGUCCUGGAGCUGGUGCUGCAGGGCUGCGGCGGCGACGUGGUUCAGGCCAUCGAGCAGGUGCUGAACCACCACCGCGGGGGCCUGGCAGCCGGCCUGGGCCCCGCCGCGCCGUCGGAUAAGGCCGCCGCGGGCGCAGCAGCAGCAGCGGAGGAUGGUUGGCUGAGCCGGGUGGACGCCGCCACCGGGGGCCCCGGGCUGCCAGCGCCGCUGCAGGCGGGCCCCGCCGCCCCCCCGCACCACAGACCUUUGCUGGCCGGCGCCAUGGCUCCGGGGACGCUGGGCUCGCUGAGCAGCCGCUCGGCCUUCUCGCCUUUGCAGCCCAACGCCAGCCACUUCGGCGCCGCCGCCGCCGAUGCAGGUGCAGCCUACCCGCUGGGCGCGCCGCUCGGCCUCAGCCCCCUGCGCCUGGCCUAUUCUGCGGCGGCGGCGCACAGCCGCGGCCUGGCCUUCAUGGCGCCUUACUCCACCGCCGGCCUGGUGCCCACGCUCGGUUUCCGCCCGCCUAUGGACUACGCCUUCAGCGACCUCAUGCGCGACCGUUCCGCCGCCGCCGCGGCCGCCGUGCACAAGGAGCCGUCCUACAGCGGCGGCCUGUACGGGCCGAUGGUCAACGGCGCCCCUGAGAAGCAGUAGGGGGGAAGUCCUGGCCGCUGGGCGCUGGGCGGCCCACACACAGGGGGCUGCCGGUCCCCCUUCGCCCAGGGCGCGCUCUGCGUCCCGGAGGGGGUCCCCUCUCUCUCCAAGGGGGUUGGUUCUCAGUUUUGUAGGGUGGGGAGGGAAGAACUGAGCAAAGCGGAGCAGCUACAGACGCAGUUGUUCUGGGAGGAGGUGUGAGGCCCUGAUUCUCAUCUCCCCAGCCCCCUCCCUAAGGGUCCCCAGCCCUUGCAAAAGCGACAAUUCUUGCGAAUUCCAAGUCUGCCUCCGUUAGCGCACGCUCCCGCCUCUCCUGUAAGCUACGCCCAUCCCGCCCUGCGCUCGAAUGGAUGGCAGGAUGGUCCGAGAGUGUCUUCUGUGUCUCCCCUCCCUCUAAAUAAUUUUAAAUAUGUGCUCUAACAAAUAUAAAUUAGGAUGUAUAAAUCUCUUGGCACUGAGUCGAGUCUUUGGGACACACACAUAUAUAUCGAUAUCAUUGUGUUUUUUUUAAAAAAAGGAAACAAAUUCUGCAGUGCACUUUCCUCCUCAUUGCGGUAUUUGUCGCUCUCUUUGUCGCUUAUGCCGGUCAGCAUGGGUUUCCUUGGUGCAGUGUGAGUUUUUAUAUAUGUAUAAAUCUAUAUAUAACCUACACAUAUAUAUAUAAGCCAGUGUAUAAUGUUAUAAACAUGGAAUUCUCUAAGUUAUUAAUUGUAAUCUGUAGGUGACCUCGGUAUUAACGUGAACAACAAAAAAAAAGGACAACAUGGAAAAAUUAGACUCUGCGCGCAUUGUUACUUAUCAGGUUUUAUAAACUAAAUAUAUUGUAAACUCC